AUGAGCCAACGCCCAUCUAAAAGGUCGCGAUUGCAUGGGUCAGACAGCGCAACUUUAUCAGAUGCUAGCUCCUCGUCUCAAGAUGACGAGUCGAGAGUGUAUAAAGUCGGCUACGUUGCCAAACUAGCAAGUAGAGGCUGUUUCAUGCGCCGGUCAUUCGCUGGCCCAAUCCAGGCAGACAUUGCGCUUUGCGAGCGACUCCUCCACGAAUCAGUUGACAUCCCUCCGGGCGUUUCGUUUGAGGAUGAGUUUAUAGACAGGUUUCGUAAAUCAUCGCGAGAUCAACCAAAAGAAUGGGUUCUCACGGAAGUACAUCCAUUGCUCGUUCCGCCCAUUGAAGAGCAAUACGUUGAAGAGACGGUUAUACUGGAAAAAACGGUUGAUGUCUACUGUAAGGAGUGGCUCAACGUAGAUUCAAUCUACGGCCCUCGCCCUGUGCCGGAUCAAGCACGGGGAUUGAAGUGGUCGGUAUUCUCAGAUAGCCAGCGGCAAAAGCUCAAAUAUCAUCCAGAGGAAACUUCCCCGUUCACGGCGCGAGAGGACAUGCUUUUCCCAUAUUUGACGACACAAGUCGAAUGCGGGAACCGGGCUCUGAUGAUUGCAGAGCGGAAAAACAUGCAAUGCAUGUGUAUUGCUAUGCGAGCGUUGUGUAGUGUCGCCCAAACAGCCAAUUACUUGGAAAAGGUGCAUCGUAAAAUCCUCGGGUUUUCUGUCUCAUAUGAUUCGGAACGCCUCAAAAUAAAUGGUUACUAUCCCGAAAUUGAAGAUGGCGAGGUCGCGUUCUAUCAGUGGCCAAUUGCAUCGCUCGACUAUUGGAACAAACACGAUAAAUGGGCAAGUUAUCGUUUCGUAAAGAACCUUGAUUGUAAAUUCCUCCCUAUUCACACCAAGCGAGUUAUGGAUUUACUAGCAGAGAUCCCGGUACCCAAAGACUUUCUUGACGAGGCCGACAAUGAGGAUGAUAUUGAUUCGCAAGAACGAAGCAUUGCAUCUCAGGAUCUGUCGAAUCUGCAAAACAUGCUUCAUACGCUGAAGCGGCAAUCGGAGGAUCGGGAAGCUCGACAUGCGAAACAUCUAGCCCAAUUCAGUAGGGAAGUGAUAGGAAAUUUAGGGCGGCAGGAGGAUUUUCUUACUCAACUACAGCAGCAGAAAGAGCGAGAAGAAGAGGUGCUCUCCCAAAUCGAGGAAAAUAUCGUCGAGCGGAAAGCUCGUCACGAAAAGCUCCUUGCCCAAUUUGCGCAAACUAUGUCAGAGAAGAGAACGCUAUGCCAAAACUUGCUCCCUAUAGCAAAUGAGAAAAUGGCAGAGGCAAUGGCACACGAUGAUUCAAAUCUUGCUCAUAUGGAAGGGCAGGAGGAGCAGAUGAUACGACGAAUUGAAACAUCAAGUUAG